GGAAAGGCCAACUAACUAACUAAUUGCGGAUUGUACGAGUUUCAGAUCUCUCUUCUUCUUCUUCCCCCAGCCCUUUCAGCUCCAAAAGCUGCAAACCCUAGCUGCCUCUUACAUUUUUUUUUUGUACCAGAUUCAACUCAACGAUUGGUUUGUCCUUCUACUGUCUCCGUCUCUGCACCUUUUGUUUUCUUUCGUUUAUUCACCGUGCAUAUGUCCUAUUUCUGUUAGCAUUGACUUCUACAAUAACCCUAAUUUAUGUUGCUCCAAUGCUUCUGCCUUUCUUAUUUGUUCUCCCCAUUGUAUUUGUCUAAAUUGCAAUUUUCAUUGUAUGGAGAUUAUGUCAAGGACAUGUUAUUGGCAUCAUCGUUUCUGUCAAUGGCGUGCUAAUUAUGAUGUCUGUAAUGGUGGCAUACUUAUUUUUGAAUGUAGGCAGUUUGUCUGGGAAGUAGUUUAAAUUUUGCAAUGAUUGGGGGAUAUCAAUAUUUGUCUUAGUGGGGUGCUAACUAUUUCUUCUGUCAUGGUGGUGGCAUAGAUUUUUGAAUGCUGGCAGUUGUAUAUGAACUGGUUUUGACUUAUUGCUUCAAUCUCGUAUUUGAAUGUUGCGUUUUCCCCCUCUCCAGCUACAAUAAAUCCUUGUUUGAUAAUUGACAACACUCCUAGAAAAAGAAACUUGGCGAUUGGAUUUUUGAGAGAGGACAAACUGGAGACAGGGAUAAGCAUAGAGUGAAGUGUUUAGUUAUUCAUGUUCUAUUAAUGAGACAAGGUUUGGAAGAUUUCCAGGACUAAGAGGUUCUAUGAGCUGAUGCAUAUAUUUCCGAAUUAAAAUAGAAGGGAUGCAAGUGUUUGUGAGUUUGAGCUACAUAUGUUUCGUCGUCUUGGAUGGUUCAUUGGCCUGAACUAUAAAAGUGGGACAUCAAAGAGGUGUGAUGAAAAGCUGGGCCCGGCUAGGGUCAAGCCAAUGGCAAUGUUGGACACCAUGCGGGAGAUUGCCAUUUACAUCCAUAGGUUUCACAACCUCGACCUUUUUCAACAAGGAUGGUACCAACUGAAGAUUACUGUGAGAUGGGAGGACAGUGAGUAUGCUUCUUUGGGGACACCAGCAAGAGUUGUUCAAUAUGAAGCACCCGAUUUGGGUUCUGAUGACAUACAUGGAGUGUGGAAGAUUGAUGAUACUGAAAAUAGUUUCUCAACACAACCUUUUCGGAUAAAAUAUGCAAGGCAGGAUAUUCGAUUAUCUAUGAUGAUCUCAUUCAAUUUAUCUCUUGGACAUGAGGGCCCAUCCGCAUCUGCUGUUAUUUUGAAGUUUGAGCUAAUGUAUGCUCCUUUAAUGGAGAAUAGGUCUGACUUGCAGGCUUCUCUGGAUGCUUGUUCUGCUGCAAUCCAUGAAUUUCGAAUUCCUCCCAAAGCUCUACUGGGAUUGCAUUCGUAUUGCCCUGUAUACUUUGAUGCUUUCCACUCUGUGCUUGUUGAUGCAAGUGUACAUGUCAGUCAAUUGAAAGCUGGUCCCUACGCCUCUUCAUUGAAGGUGACGAGUCAAGUGACUGCUGUGGAUAUGAAACAUGUACUACUUGUGAAGUCAUUUUUAGUUGCCCGUGACACAUUACUUGAAGAGCUACAGAAACUCAGCAAAGCGGUUGACCAAACUAUUGAUUUGACUGAUUUUACAUCCAAAAUGGAUGAUAUAAAGUUGUUUAGUUCUAUCUUGCAAAUGGAUCCGGCUACUGCAGAUGGUGGAGUUUCAGGACAAGGCAAGCCACGAAAUGGUCUUGAGAAGACAAACGGUAUUCUAGAUUUUCAAAGUGAUAAAUUGCUCCGGACCUUAUUACUGGAUGACCUAUUAAACAUUUUUAAUACCUUGGGAGAUCAAGUGUCAUAUUUAUGGAGCAUUUUUCUGCAGUUCCACAGGGCAAACAAAACUAGGUUACUACAGUUCUUGCGUGAUACUUGGGCGAAGGACCGAAGAACUGAAUGGUCGAUAUGGAUGGUCUACUCUAAGGUUGAGAUGCCUCAUCAUUAUAUAAGUAGUGGAGCAGAAGAGUCUUCGCACCAUGGUGUUAAAAGAGUUUCAACUUUGUGGAAGUUACCAGAUGAUACUGCACAAGCUGCUGCUACUCUUGCUGAGCUUCAUCGACGAAGUAUUGCACAAAUGAGGAUGAACAAUCGGUCAAUUCAGGACUUGCAGAUAUUUGGAGAUCCUCUGAGAAUACCAAUUGUAAUUGUUGAGCGUGUAAUGAAUGCACCCAGACGUACCUUUAGUGAAAAUUCAUACUUGAGAAAUUUGGACCUCAUAGAUUCGCCUCUCUUAAAUUCUGGACCUAGCUCUGAUACUAGAAACAUACCAUCCAGCUCUAGCCCACAACCAAAAGGUCGUGAGUUAAAGAUUGUUGUCUUUGUGCAUGGAUUUCAGGGACAUCAUUUGGAUUUACGGCUAGUUCGCAAUCAGUGGCUUUUGAUAGAUUCAAAGAUAGAUUUUCUAAUGUCUGAGGCAAAUGAAGAUAAAACAUCUGGAGACUUUCGAGAAAUGGGACUAAGGCUAGCUGAGGAAGUUGUUGCUUUCAUUAGAAAGAAACUGGAUAAAGUUGCAAGAUCUGGUGUUGUAAGAGAUAUUAAGCUUAGCUUUGUUGGACAUUCGAUCGGAAACGUCAUCAUCAGAACAGCAUUAGCAGAGAGCACUAUGAAACCAUACCUAAGAUAUUUGUAUACAUAUAUAUCUAUAUCCGGUCCACAUUUGGGGUAUCUUUUCAGCACAAACUCUUUAUUUAACUCCGGAUUGUGGCUUUUGAAGAAGCUUAAGAACACUCAGUGCAUUCAUCAACUGACCUUCACGGAUGAUCCGGAUCUCUAUAAUACUUUCUUCUACAAACUAUGCAAGAGGCAACGGAUGGAGAAUUUGGGUGGUGCAACCCGACAUUUCACUUCUAUUAUUUGUCGUAUGGACAUGACCUCAGUUUAUGUCCUCCUGGCGGGUCCCUUGCAAAAAACACUGGAGAACUUCAAGCAUAUUAUCCUUCUAUCUUCACCCCAGGAUGGCUAUGUCCCAUACCAUUCUGCCAGAAUAGAACUAUGCCCAGCUGCUUCUGUGGACAUCUCGAAAAAGGGUAGAGUACUUCUGGAGAUGUUGAAUGACUGCUUGGAUCAGAUACGUGCUCCUUCCUCUGAUCGUCGAGUGUUCAUGCGUUGUGAUGUCAACUUUGAUACGUCCUCCUAUGGCAAGAACUUGAACACAUUUAUAGGAAGGGCUGCUCAUAUUGAGUUUUUGGAGUCUGAUGUUUUUGCAAAGUUCAUAAUGUGGUCUUUCCCAGAGCUGUUUCGAUGAUAUUAGUGGAACUUGCAAUCUCACAUUCCAGAUUCUCUAGCCUGCCUCUAGAGGGCAUUCUCGCCCCGUGCUCCCCAAAGCAUGCUGGACUAAGAAUGGUGUGCUUUUCUUGGGGAUGGAUUCCGCAUCCAUCGGGAUCAGUUGCAGCCAUGUCCAUAAACUGUUGUUGGCCAUUGUAUAUCACAGGCUUGAAGGCAUGAAGCUGAUCCCACAACAAGAAGUUUUUCCCCACACUGUUUGGUGAACCAGGUGGUUGGUACGAGUUUUAGUUCAGGCCAACAAAUGUGAAGGUAGAUAGGCCUUAGACUUGCCCUUUUAGUCUUUCGGAAAAUAGAGGUGUAAUUAAUUCCCUAGGUUACUUAUUCAGGUUACCACUUGCAGUAUCAUUUAUACCUCAGUGUUGGAUAGUCUGAUCGAGAAAACAUGCCAAAGAAUAGUGUCUGUACCUUUAACAAUCCAGUUUGUGCAGUAAAUAAACUUCGGGUCCAAUCUUCAUCCUCUAAA